CUAGGGUAUCAGCAUAUAAAUAGCAGAGAGUUGAAGGUUGAGGUAUCAAAUAUUUUCAGAGCUUGGCAGAUCAAAAGUUUUGACAAGUUAAGAAAAUGGCUACUUCAAUGAAAUUCAACAAACGUUGCACUGUUCGAUCGACUAGCUUCCCGUCGACGUUGCAUCCGAGUGCUUGCAAGAUCGAAGAAGGGCUUACCAGGAUCAGAUCAUGGGAAGCGGAGGCUUCUGAUGUUUUGACAGCGGACACGGUUUGUGAUGGUCUGUGCAGGCUUGGGGAGUUGUACAAAUAUACAGAUGAGUUUCUGAAUUUGCCACUGACCCAGCAAGCGCUUUCUCACCAUCAGAACGAGAAGUGUGUCAAUGAGUUGAUGGAUAAAUCGGUGAGGCUUUUGGAUAUCUGUGGGAAUACAAGAGAUGUUAUGUCAGAGAUUAAAGUUCAUGCCAGAGAGCUUCUGUCUGCUUUAAGAAGGAAGAAGGGGGACUCAAGCGCGGAAUUUGCAGCUUUCAGAAAGGCGAUUAACAAGGAUUCGAAAAAAUUGACUGCAUCUCUCAAGCAAGUGGAUACCAAAAGCAGUGUAUUAGAAAUCUUUGAUCAAGAUCAGCACCUAGGUGCAGUGAUUAGAUCACUAAAAGAAGUCACUGCCGCAAGUGUUUCUGUCUUUCAAUCUGUUUUGCUAUUCUUAUCUACACCUAUAUUGAAGCCAAAGGCUACUACAAAGUGGUUGCAAGUUUCAAAACUGAUGCACAAGGGUGCUGUGUCAAGUGAAGAUCAACAGCAUGAUGUAAAUGAAGUGGAUCGAGUAAAGACCUUGGAGAGUGAUGUUGAAGGCAUUGAGAAUGGCUUGGAGAGCAUGUUUAGGCACUUCAUUAGAACAAGAGCGUCUCUGCUCAACAUUGUUUCCCAGUAAUUAAGUAGUAUGAUCUGUGAUUCUUGACAUCUGCAAAAGUAUCCGAAUAUUAGAGGAUAAGCUUGUGGAACUCAAUUUUGCAUUGUAUAAACAUGUAAACAAAACUAUUAGCUAUUACAUGCUCAUUUUCGAAUGUAUAUACACAAUUCCAAUAUAGUACUUCAAUGUUUCACAUA